UUUAUAGUGUGUGUUGAUGUGCUUAUCACUGAUCAUCUUGCUGCUUUGACCCACAGAGCUGUCGGAUCAGCAAAGGGAGUUCCAACAGCUGGCGAGGAGGUUUGCACGUGAAGAAAUCGUCCCUGCUGCACCUGCUUACGACAAGAGUGGUGAAUAUCCUGUCCCCCUCAUCAAGAAAGCAUGGGAACUUGGUCUGAUGAACGGUCAUAUUCCACAGGAAUACGGUGGAAUGGGCUUGUCAAUCUUUGAUAACUGCCUCAUCACAGAAGAGCUGGCUUAUGGCUGCACAGGAGUGCAGACUGCUAUUGAGGCGAACUCGCUGGGACAAAUGCCUGUUAUCUUAGCUGGCAAUGAGGCACAGAAGAGUAAAUACUUGGGAAGGAUGACCGAGGAGGCUCUUAUGUGUGCGUACUGUGUGACAGAGCCCGGGGCGGGUUCUGAUGUGGCUGGCAUCAAGACCCGAGCUGUGAAGAUGGGUGAUGAGUAUGUUGUUAACGGACAGAAGAUGUGGAUCACCAAUGGUGGGAAAGCUAACUGGUACUUCCUGCUGGCCCGCACCAACCCAGAUCCUAAAUGUCCAGCCAGCAAGGCUUUUACUGGCUUCAUUGUGGAAUCUGACACCCCAGGAAUUCAAAUAGGAAGGAAGGAGAUGAACAUGGGCCAGAGGUGCUCAGAUACCAGAGGCAUCACCUUUGAGGAUGUGAGGAUACCAAAGGAGAAUGUCCUGAUCGCAGAGGGAGCUGGCUUCAAAAUUGCCAUGGGUGCCUUUGACAACACUAGGCCACCAGUGGCAGCAGGAGCAACAGGCCUGGCUCAGAGGGCACUUGAUGAAGCCACCAAUUAUGCACUGGAGAGGAAGACCUUUGGCAAAGCUAUCGCUGAGCACCAGGCCGUGUCCUUCCUCCUGGCUGAGAUGGCGAUGAAGGUGGAGCUGGCCAGGAUGGCAUACCAGCGGUCCGCCUGGGAAGUAGACCAAGGCCGCAGAAACACCUACUACGCCUCCAUCGCCAAGGCCUUCGCUGGAGACAUCGCCAAUCAGGUGGCCACCGACGCUGUUCAGGUAUUCGGAGGCAAUGGCUUCAACAGCGAAUACCCAGUGGAGAAGCUGAUGAGAGACGCCAAGAUCUACCAGAUCUACGAGGGCACAGCUCAAAUCCAAAGACUCAUUAUUGCCAGAGAACACCUGGGAAGAUUCAAGAAAUGAAAUUUGAAAUGAACCUGAUUCAUCCUCAUUCAAAUGUACUUGUAACUUUUCUAUACAUAAUGUGUUCCUGAAAUAGAUCUGCUCACUUAUACUCACAGGAUACAGGUGUAAAAUGGUGUUUGCCUUAACAGCACUUCAUUCUGCCUUGCUUUUUUCAAACUGACCCAGACCCUGAUUUGGUAGACUGCAGUCCACCUGUCUAAUCAGAGAACCUCAAAACCUGUCCUGUUUCUAAAAGGGUUUACCAAAUGAGCUCAGAACUGUGGCCUUAUUUUGUGAUCAAAUGAUUUGAGGAUCACCACAUUCAGGCAAAAGAUCAAAUGACCUUCAUGUCCUGUCAGGCUCCAGCUCCUGUAGGUUGUAAAUAAUGGCAGCCGGGCACAAACACCACCACUGCUCUGAUAGCAGUCUGGGCAUUGAACUGUAAAGUUAUUUAUAUCUGGUAUAAACCUCUGGUGUCUGUUUGAGGACAAGUUGAUGAUGAUGAUAAACUCAGACAUAUUUGACUUUAUAAGUUAAUAAGGGCAGCCCAAGGCUAGAUCGCGUCAUUUCGGGGCGGAGGGGCAGGUUUAGCCUGAUCUUCAGCCUUUAACUUUUUUAGUAGUGUUGAUUUUGGUUGCCAUUCUGAUUGGCAGCACAAGCAUGGUUAAAUCAGAGAUGAUGAGGAAGAUUAUGUGUCUCAGGUUGUCCAUAAUGUCAAGAUCAUGCCUUAUUCUGCCCUGCCAUCCUACCAUAAGUGACACACUUGUAUUUGGCCAUCUCAAUUGACCUUCUGCACCCAUUCAAAAAAUAAAACCCAUUAAAUAAUUCUCGAGACUUUGUGGAUGCACCACGGAUUUUUCAUAUAGCAGAACCCAUUUAAUCUUGGUCUGUAUAAAUUUAUUUCUCAUCAGAAUGUGUUAGAAUCAGAAAUGUGUGUCUAAUGAUAUCUUUAACAGCUGUGAAAAUACAUGUUGCCUGAAAAUGAUUUUCUGACUGAUUUAGAAAUGAAGUCCUGAAUUUGACAUUAUCACGCAAUAUCCAGUAUAGAGAGGCAUCAGAUUUACACCUUACAGUGUGGAUGUAACAUGUACAGUAGGCUGUAGUUCAAUUGUCACCAUCAUUUUUUGCCAACACUUAUGAUGUAAUGGUGAAUUCAUCUGAAACUUUUGAGUCUGUUUAUAAUUCAUUAAAUUAUUUCAUCCAAUGUAGAACUGA